GAGAGAGAGAGAGAGAGAGUACUACAGCACAACCACUGGCCUUGCACUUGCAUAUAUAUAUGUAGGGUAUACGCUGUAGGGUCCUCUGGCCUCCACAUUCCUAUUUGCAGCGGCAUUUUGGCGUAGUAGAAGAACUAGAGUUCGUGUCCUUGCUGGGCACCGGGACAAGGGACGACAACAAUACCAAUGGGCAGGAGGCUGCCGGCGGCGGCGUUGUGCGGUGGCCGGGCGGCGACGCGGGUGAGGAGGAAGCGGGUGCAGCGGGCGUCGUCCUACGCCUCGCCCUCCAAUAUUAAGCUCCCCGCCGCGGCACUGCCCGGCGGCGGCGGCGGUGGAAAGACCGGCAGCGCAGCAGCAGCAGGAGGAGGAGGAGGAGGAGGCUGCUACGUCAAUGGCAACGGCGCGCUGAUGGUGGAAGUGCGCAGGCCUGCCGCCGGCUCUGGGACGACGACGGUGACCGGCAAGAAGGACGGCGGCGGGCGGCGGGUCAUGGUGCUGGCGGACGGCCGCGCCGAGGCCGCCGGCGCGCUCCAGUGGGCGCUGUCGCAGGCCGUCCGGAGCAACGACACCGUCGUCCUCCUCGCCGUCGCCAAGACCGUCGCCCGAGACGCCGUCAGUGAUUCUUGUGUCAAGAUGCUGGGCACCAAGAGCCAGCAACACCUCGCCGCCUUGAGGACUGUCUGUGAAUCAACAAGGCCAGAGGUGAAGGUGGAGACGUGCGCCGUGGAGGCGGAGGAGCGCGCGCCGGCGGUGGUGGACGCGGCCAGGCGGCACGGCGCGUCGCUGCUCGUGCUGGGCCAGCGCCCGCGGCGGCACGCGGUGGCAAGGUGGCUGCAGACGCUGUGGCGGCGCCGGCGCAGCAGCAGGGGCUCCUCCGGCGGCGGCAUGGUGGAGUACUGCAUCGAGCACGCGCCGUGCGUGGCGCUGGCCGUGCGCCGGAGGAGCUCCGGCGGCUACCUCGUCUCCAGCAAGCACCACAGGGACUUCUGGCUCCUCGCCUAGUAGUAGUACCAUGCUGAUUCAGCAUCAAAGAUCUUUUCUUUUGUGUCGCUUCAAUUCGUCGUCAGUUCAAAACUAUUGCCUACUGCUGGUAACUUAAUCAGAGCGAUCGAGUUUGCCUCUGAUCUGGCUGAUGAUGCUGUAAAGCUAGCUAUAUAUCCAAACGGCGAACAAUCAAAACCUCAGCUUGUUUCAGAAAA